GGCGACGGCACUUUGCGGCCAGAGUGACGGCUCCGUGGCCGAGCGCCUGUCGGGCGGACACCUCGGCCCUCACACCUCGGCAGGCGCCCCUGGGGUGGGUGUUUUGGAGACAGUUGAUUGCAUAUUCUAGGAAUCUCAAAGUGAUUAGCCAUCGCUGUUCCUUCUCGGCGUUUGAAGAUGGUCAAGCUAGAUAUUCACACUCUGGCCCAUCACCUCAAGCAGGAGCGCUUGUACGUAAACUCUGAGAAGCAGCUCAUCCAGAGGCUCAAUGCGGAUGUUCUCAAAACAGCAGAGAGGUUGUAUCGGACAGCGUGGAUUGCAAAGCAACAGAGAAUUAAUUUGGAUCGACUUAUCAUAACCAGUGCUGAAGCAUCCCCUGCUGAGUGUUGCCAACAUGCCAAGAUUUUGGAAGACACACAGUUUGUUGAUGGAUACAAGCAGUUGGGAUUUCAGGAAACUACUUAUGGAGAGUUCUUGAGUCGCUUAAGGGAAAAUCCUCGUCUGAUUGCCUCCUCUUUGGUUGCUGGAGAGAAACUUAACCAGGAGAGCACACAAAGUGUUAUUUACACCGUAUUUACCUCCCUGUAUGGCAACUGCAUUAUGCAGGAAGAUGAAAGCUACCUCCUUCAGGUUUUGCGAUACUUGAUUGAAUUUGAACUUAAAGAAAGUGACAACCCCAGACGCCUUUUGAGAAGAGGAACUUGUGCCUUCAGCAUCUUAUUUAAACUUUUUUCUGAAGGACUCUUUUCUGCCAAACUUUUCCUCACAGCCACUUUACACGAGCCAAUCAUGCAGCUGCUUGUUGAAGAUGAGGAUCACUUGGAAACUGACCCCAACAAGCUAAUUGAGAGGUUCUCUCCAUCCCAGCAGGAGAAACUCUUUGGGGAGAAAGGCUCAGAUAGAUUCAGGCAGAAGGUUCAGGAGAUGGUGGAUUCUAAUGAGGCCAAGCUGGUGGCUUUGGUGAAUAAGUUUAUUGGUUAUCUCAAACAGAACACGUACUGCUUUCCCCACAGUCUAAGGUGGAUCGUGUCCCAGAUGUACAAAACGCUGUCCUGUGUGGAUAGAUUGGAAGUAGGGGAGGUCAGGGCCAUGUGCACUGACCUCCUGCUGGCCUGCUUCAUUUGCCCUGCUGUUGUCAACCCCGAGCAGUACGGCAUCAUUUCUGACGCUCCCAUCAACGAGGUGGCACGCUUUAACCUGAUGCAGGUUGGCCGCCUGUUGCAGCAGUUAGCCAUGACUGGCUCUGAAGAGGGAGAUCCCAGGACAAAAAGCAGCCUUGGCAAAUUUGACAAAGGCUGUGUUGCUGCUUUCCUGGAUGUCGUGAUCGGGGGCCGUGCAGUGGAGACGCCGCCGAUGUCCUCCGUUAACCUUCUGGAAGGCUUAAGCAGAACUGUGGUGUACAUCACCUACAGUCAACUUUUAACUCUGGUGAAUUUUAUGAAGAGUGUGAUGUCUGGAGACCAGCUGAGAGAAGAUAGAAUGGCUCUGGACAACUUACUGGCAAAUUUACCCCAGGCCAAACCAGGAAAAAGCAGCAGUUUAGAAAUGACUCCCUACAACACGCCUCAGCUGUCACCAGCAACCACUCCAGCCAACAGAAAGAAUCGAAUACCUCUAGCUACUCGGAGCAGAAGCCGUACUAACAUGCUAAUGGACCUACAUAUGGACCAUGAGGGAUCGUCUCAAGAAACCAUCCAGGAAGUACAGCCAGAGGAGGUGUUGGUCAUUUCCUUAGGGACAAGCCCCCAGCUCACUCCAGGAAUGAUGUCAGAGAAUGAGGUCCUAAACAUGCAACUUUCGGAUGGAGGACACGGAGAUGUCCCUGUUGAUGAAAACAAACUCCACGGUAAACCUGAUAAAACCUUGCGCUUUUCCCUCUGCAGUGAUAAUCUGGAAGGAAUAUCUGAAGGUCCUUCAAAUCGCUCCAACUCAGUGUCCUCUCUAGAUCUGGAAGCCGAGUCUGUGUCAGAGCUUGGAGCGGGGCCUUCUGGGAGCAAUGGUGUUGAAGCUCUACAGCUGUUGGAGCAUGAGCAAGCAACAACACAGGAUAAUCUUGAUGAUAAACUAAGGAAAUUUGAAAUUCGUGACAUGAUGGGACUAACAGAUGAUAGAGACAUAUCAGAGACAGUGAGUGAGACGUGGAGUACAGAUGUUCUGGGAAGUGACUUCGAUCCAAACAUUGAUGAAGAUCGCUUGCAGGAAAUUGCGGGUACAGCAGCAGAGAAUAUGUUGGGCAGUUUGCUUUGCCUCCCGGGUUCAGGGCCAGUGCUCCUGGACCCCUGCACUGGUUCUACCAUUUCAGAGACUACCAGUGAAGCCUGGAGUGUCGAGGUAUUGCCAAGUGACUCAGAGGCCCCGGACCUUAAGCAGGAGGAGCGGCUGCAGGAACUGGAGAGCUGUUCCGGACUGGGCAGCACAUCGGAUGAGACCGAUGUCAGGGAGGUCAGUUCGCGCCCCAGCACACCAGGCCUCAGUGUUGUGUCCGGCAUAAGCGCAACCUCUGAAGAUAUUCCCAAUAAGACUGAAGACCUGAGAUCUGAAUGCAGCUCUGAUUUUGGGGGCAAAGAUUCCGUCACUAGCCCUGACAUGGAUGAAAUAACUCAUGGUGCCCACCAGCUGACCUCCCCGCCUUCUCAGUCCGAGUCUCUGCUCGCCAUGUUCGAUCCACUGUCCUCACAGGAAGGAGCUUCUGCUGUGGUCAGGCCAAAGGUUCACUACGCCAGGCCAUCCCACCCUCCGCCGGACCCUCCCAUUCUGGAAGGCGCUGUGGGAGGAAAUGAGGCCCGACUGCCCAGUUUGGGCUCCCACGUCCUAACUGCCGCUGAGAUGGAGGCCUUCAGGCAGAGGCACUCCUACCCAGAGAGGCUGGUGCGCAGCAGGAGCUCGGAUAUCGUGUCCUCUGUCCGGCGCCCCAUGAGUGAUCCCGGCUGGAACCGUCGCGCCGGGAACGAAGAGCGGGAGCCCCCUGCAGGUGCAGCCAGUGGUGCUACUUCUUUGGUGGCUGCACCUCACUCGUCGUCCUCAUCCCCGAGCAAGGACUCCUCGAGAGGAGAGACUGAAGAACGCAAAGAUAGCGAUGAUGAGAAAUCAGACAGGAACAGACCUUGGUGGAGAAAGCGUUUUGUUUCAGCUAUGCCUAAAGCUCCUAUACCAUUUAGAAAGAAAGAAAAACAAGAAAAAGACAAAGAUGAUCUGGGGCCUGACAGAUUCUCAGCACUCACAGAUGAUUCCAGCCCUAGGCUAAAUGCACAAGCUCAGGUCGCCGAGGACAUUUUGGACAAAUACAGAAAUGCCAUUAAACGGACCAGCCCCAGUGAAGGAGCAAUGGUGAACUAUGAAAGUACAGAGGUUAUGGGUGAUGGUGAAAGUGCACACGACUCUCCUCGGGAUGAGACACUCCAGAACAUCUCUGCCGACGACCUCCCCGACUCAGCGAGCCAAGCAGCGCACCCGCAGGAGUCCGCUUUCUCUUACAGAGAUGCAAAAAAGAAACUGAGGCUUGCUCUUUGCUCUGCGGAUUCUGUUGCCUUCCCAGUGCUGACCCAUUCAACGAGGAAUGGUUUGCCAGACCACACAGACCCUGAAGAUAAUGAAAUUGUAUGCUUCUUGAAGGUUCAAAUAGCUGAAGCAAUUAAUUUACAAGAUAAGAACUUAAUGGCCCAACUUCAGGAAACGAUGCGCUGUGUGUGCCGUUUUGAUAAUAGGACGUGCAGGAAGCUGUUGGCGUCUAUCGCUGAGGACUAUAGGAAAAGAGCACCGUACAUCGCUUACCUCACUCGCUGUCGACAAGGUCUGCAGACCACGCAGGCUCACCUUGAAAGGCUCCUGCAAAGGGUCUUGCGGGAUAAAGAGGUAGCCAAUCGGUACUUUACCACUGUCUGUGUGAGGUUGCUGCUUGAGAGCAAAGAAAAGAAGAUUAGGGAAUUCAUCCAAGACUUUCAGAAACUGACAGCAGCUGAUGAUAAAACUGCUCAGGUGGGGGACUUCCUGCAGUUCCUCUAUGGGGCCAUGGCCCAGGACGCCAUCUGGCAGAACGCAAGCGAAGAGCAGCUGCAGGAUGCCCAGCUCGCCAUUGAACGGAGCGUCAUGAAUCGAAUUUUCAAGCUGGCUUUCUACCCUAAUCAGGACGGAGACAUACUGCGUGACCAGGUCCUUCACGAACACAUCCAGAGGUUGUCUAAAGUCGUGACUGCCAAUCACCGAGCUCUUCAGAUCCCAGAGGUCUACUUGCGGGAGGCCCCGUGGCCGUCGGCGCAGUCCGAGAUCCGGACCAUCAGUGCGUACAAGACGCCUCGCGACAAGGUGCAGUGUAUCCUGCGCAUGUGCUCCACCAUCAUGAACCUGCUGAGCCUGGCCAACGAGGACUCUGUGCCCGGAGCCGACGACUUUGUACCUGUGCUGGUGUUUGUGCUCAUCAAGGCCAAUCCGCCCUGUUUGUUGUCCACCGUCCAAUACAUCAGUAGCUUCUAUGCCAGCUGUCUGUCUGGGGAGGAGUCCUACUGGUGGAUGCAGUUCACAGCAGCAGUGGAGUUCAUCAAAACCAUUGAUGACCGCAAGUGAGCAAGACCGAGGCCCACCCGGGCGGACUGCUAGCUGGCCACAGGUCUCUGAACGGAUGAGCCAGCUGCCCUGGAGGCUGUGGAGGGCUCUGUAUAGUACUGUACAGCAUUCAGACAUUUUAAAAUAGAUCUUUACUAAACAGAUUAAUGGGCUAACAAGCA